AUGUCUUUACCUACUACUAUGAGAGCUGUCGUCAUCGAAGGUGACAAACCUGUCGUGAAAACCGGUGUACCAUUACCAAAAUUGGAAGAUGGAUUUGCUAUGGUCAAGACAAAAGCUGUUGCUGGUAACCCAACUGAUUGGAAACAUAUCCAAUGGAAAAUUGGUCCACAAGGUUCCAUUCUUGGUUGUGAUGUAGCUGGUGAAAUUGUUCAAUUAGGUCCAAACGUUGACGCUAAAGAGGUUAAAAUCGGUGACAAGAUCACUGGUUUUGUCCACGGUGCCUCUGUUAGAUGUCCUACAAAUGGUGCCUUCGCUGAAUACGUUGCCGUCGAUCUUGCUACUGCUUACAGAUUGCCAAGUUCAACUGAUAUAAGUGGUAAAGACAAUCUUCCAGAAGGUAAGGUUACUACUUACGAAGGUGCUGCCACUUUACCAGUCUCUUUAUCCACUGCUGGUGUUGCUUUGUACCACAAUCUUGGCUUAAAGUUGGAAUGGGAACCAGCUCAACCUCAAAAAAACCAUCCAAUUUUAUUCUGGGGUGGUGCCACAGCUGUUGGUCAACCAUUGAUUCAAUUGGCCAAAAAAUUACACGGUUACACUAAGAUCAUUGUUGUUGCUUCCAAAAAGCACGAAGCUCAAUUAAAGGCCUACGGUGCUGAUGAAAUCUACGACUACCAUGAUGCCGAUGUUAUUGAACAAAUCACUUCUAAACAUAAGAACAUCCAACAGCUUGUCGACUGUGUUUCCAACCCUGAGACCAUUCAACAAGUCUACAAGUGUGCUGCCGCUGACCUACCAGCCACUGUAUUACAACUAGUCACUUUCACCAUUGAAAAUAUCAAACCUGAAGAUAGAAGGGACAACGUCAAGAUCGACGGUACUUUGUUGUAUUUAGCUGCUGGUCACGCCGUCCCAUUCGGCUCAAUGACCCUUCCACAAGACAAGAAAUACAGAGAGGACGCCAUCAAAUUCAUUAGAUUCAUCAAUCCAAAGGUAGCAAACGGUGAAAUCCACCAUAUCCCAGUCAAAGUUUACAAAAACGGUUUAGACGGUGCUGUUCAACUUACCGAUGACAUCAAGAACAAUAGAAAUUCUGGUGAAAAGCUUGUUGCCACUUUCCAAUGA